AAGGGAGCUGAGAGUAGCAGGCAGGCAGACUUUGCCUGCAUCAUUUCUGUGUGGGUGUGUUAGUGAGUGAGCAGUUGGUGAGGGAGGAGGGGUGUAUCCUUGCUUGGAGCUUUUCCCUCUCGUAGUAACCAGCCGCAAGCCGACUGCCAGCCAUUACUUCACUGCAGCAGGAGUCAGCCCCUUGUACUGAAUGAGCCAGACACACUAACCUGACUGCCCCCUCCUCUCUCUGCUCUCCUCUCUGCAUAUUCAGCAGAGCUGCCCUCCUCUCCUCAUCAUCACUGUGCCACUCCUGCGGCGCUGCUCUUUGCUGGAAGGGGACGUUGGCCUGCUCCUCACCAACUGAUUCUGCAUGACUGUCACAAAGAUGUCAUGGCGUCCGACGUACCGAAGCUCCAAGUUUCGAAAUGUUUACGGCAAGGUAGCCAACCGGGAGCAUUGCUUCGAUGGCAUCCCCAUCACCAAGAACGUCCAUGACAACCACUUCUGUGCCGUCAACUCUAAGUUCCUCGGUGUAGUCACAGAAAGCGCUGGUGGCGGCUCCUUUAUUGUAAUUCCUUUGUCCCAGGCUGGCCGUCUGGACUCUCAUUACCCGAAGGUGUGUGGCCACCAGGGCAACGUGCUGGAUAUCAAAUGGAAUCCCUUCUUUGAAAACAUCAUAGCCUCGUGCUCAGAGGACACUUCGGUUCGAGUAUGGGAGAUCCCAGAAGGGGGGUUGAGGCGCAACAUGACUGAGGCGGUCCUGGAGCUGUAUGGUCACAGCAGACGAGUGGGUCUCAUUGAGUGGCAUCCAACCACCAGUGGCAUCCUCUUCAGUGCUGGCUAUGACUAUAAGAUCCUGAUCUGGAACCUGGAGACCGGAGAGCCAGUGAAAAUGAUCGACUGCCACACUGAUGUCAUCUUAAGUAUGUCCUUUAACACAGACGGCAGCCUGCUAGCAACAAGCUGCAAAGACAAGAAGCUGAGAGUUAUUGAGCCGCGCUCUGGGAGAGUCCUUCAGCAAGCAAGUUACAAGAACCAUCGAGUAAAUCGAGUGGUGUUCCUGGGGAACAUGAAGCGGCUCCUAACCACGGGGGUUUCUCGCUGGAACACCCGGCAGAUAGCUUUCUGGGAUCAGGAAGAUUUGUCCAUGCCUAUCGUGGAGGAGGACAUAGAUGGCCUCUCAGGAAUGUUAUUUCCCUUCUAUGAUGCUGACACACACAUGCUGUACCUGGCAGGCAAGGGGGAUGGCAACAUCCGUUACUUUGAAAUCACUACAGAGAAGCCCUACAUCCAGUAUCUAAUGGAGUUUCGCUCCCCAGCCCCACAGAAAGGACUGGGUGUGAUGCCAAAGCACGGGCUGGAUGUGGCAGCCUGUGAGGUAUUCCGCUUCUACAAACUAGUCACUCUCAAGGGCAUGAUCGAACCAAUUUCUAUGAUUGUGCCAAGAAGAUCAGAUACAUACCAGGAGGACAUCUACCCAAUGACAGCCGGGACUGAACCAGCCUUGUCUGCCAGCGAGUGGCUGAGUGGGAUUGAUAGAGACCCAGUGCUGAUGUCACUGAAAGACGGUUAUCACAGACCAAACCAGUUAGUUUUUAAGGCCCCAGUGAAGGAGAAGAAGAGUAUGGUUGUCAAUGGGAUCGACCUACUGGAGAAUGUACCACCCAGGACAGAGAAUGAGCUCCUACGGAUGUUCUUUCGGCAGCAGGAUGAGCUACGACGGCUGAAGGAGGAGCUGACCACAAAGGACGUGCGAAUACGGCAGUUGGAGCUGGAGCUCAACAACCUGAAAAAUGUUAGCCCUAAAGAUGUCUGACCUCAAAGCCUCCUGGACUGGCAAACAUGCUUCCUCUUCUCCCAGUUCUGACCUCCUGAUAGCUUCUGAGUCCCACCAUCUUCCUUUUUUUUUUUUUAAAUGUCAACAUUUUUGCUGCUCUGCAGGCAGUAAAAUAUAAAAACUGUUGGAUAACAUUGUAAGCGAUGCAACUAUUAGAUCCUUUUACUAGUAUUUAUUAUUAUUAUGUUAAAGAAGAGGCAGUUCAGGGAUUAUCAGGUAAAAUGUGAUCGAUGAUAGGAAAGAAAUAACUGCAUUUUCUGGCAUUUCU